AUGGCAGAUAGCACGCCAAAAUCAAUGUCCAGUCGCUUGAUGACGAUGAAGUUCAUGCAGCGGUCGGCCGCAAAAUCUGUAGCUUCAGCACCAUCGACGCCCAACGGGCCGCCCUCAAAGAAGAAGCGCCUUGCGAAUGGCGCGUCUGCGCCCAGCACGCCAGACCAGGAGAUACUACAAUCAGCGUUGGUAGCAGAGGAGAAGAAGCGGCAGGAGGCAUUAGAAAAAGCUGCGCAGUACACAGGCGAAACAAAAUGGGUGUUGAGCUUCAAAGACCCUCUUGACGGAAAACGCAAAGAGUCUAUGAAGGUCAGGCAAGCUGGGUUCGCAGAGAUUGAUGCGGGUGACGACUCAGACGAGGAAGAAGAAGAGCCAAAACCUAUACGGAUGCAAUUUGGCGGUGGUGUGAAGAAGGCAGAUAAACCUAUUACCUUUGAGAAAGCGGAAGACUCUGAAGGAGAGAUCGAGUCCACAUCUGAGGAGUAUGAUUCGGAUGACCCCACAGCAGCUCUUAUACGCGAGACGAAGCGCGAAGUCGCCGCAGAGAGGCGCGAGUCUCGCAAAGCGCACACCAGUACAGGCAACGACUCACCGAGAGGACCACCGAGACCACCACAUGAAGACAUGAAUCUGGGCGGCCUAACGUCUAUAUCAGGAGGUCGUAGACCCGGCGCACGCGACAUGGGCAAUGUGGAAUGCUAUAGAUGUGGACAGAAAGGGCAUAUGAAGGACGACUGCCCAAAGCCAAAUACGCCCCGCGGCUCUGCUGGUAGAGGCAGAGGCAGGGGUCGUAGAUGA